GCCUCAACCAUAGAUAUAUCAAUUUCAUCAAUUCUUUCUGUAACACUUCAAUAAGUUCAAUUGACAGCAACCAUGCCAGCCAAGUAUACCCGACUUGACAUUGACAAAUGCAUCUUCCUGUUCGUGGACCACCAGUCAGGCCUUAUCAAUCUCGUCCGCGACUUUCAACAACAUGAAUUUCAGAGGAAUGUAAUGGCCCUUGCCAAAGUCGCUCAAUAUUACAAGUCUCCCAGUGUGUUGACCACCUCGUUCGACACUGGUCCCAAUGGACCCAUUGUAAAGGAGAUCACCGACUACCUCCCGGAUGCGCCCCUGAUCCGCCGUCCUGGACAGAUCAAUGCAAUGGACAAUGAGGACUUUGUGAAUGAGAUUAAGAAGACCGGCCGAAAGCAGAUUGUGAUUAGUGGCGUCUUGACUGAAAUCUGCGUGGCCUUCCCCGCCCUCAGCCUUAUUGAGCAAGGCUACGAUGUCUUCGUAGUGACCGAUGCCUCAGGCACAUUUGCAGAACAUACGCGCGAGGCAGCGCACAAACGCAUGGUAGCAGCCGGUUGUCAACUGCUGAACUGGGCGGCAGUUGCGGGGGAGCUUCACCGCGAUUGGCGGCGCGAUAUCGAGGGCUUUGGAGCUAUCUGGACCGAACAUAUUCCUGGAUAUUGGUGCGUGAUGCAGAGUUACCAAGCAGCUCAGAGUGGCAAGGAGUGAUUUUGAAGUUCUCUAUUCUACUUACGCAAUGUUAUGAUGAAACUGGAUGUAUCUACUACUGCUUGAUAGCCUCACUUAAUUCCAUGCUGGUAUUCAGUAUGCACCUAGCUGCAUGCAGCCUUACGAAG